AUGGUUAAAGCUAUGUCGCAGCCAGGAGCUUAUGAUUAUGCGCCUUCAUCGUCUUCGUCUUUGUCAUGCCCAGGAAUCGUCGCUAGGACACACGAUAAACGAGAUGUCGCUGCUCUAUCUGCGCGUGUACAAAAAAUGGAACGUGCACUGGAUCUAACUAAAUACAUAGCCCAAGUUGAAAAACUCCUCGCUCAACCCAUUAAGUAGGU